CAGUGACAGUAUAAAAACAAAGAAGGAGCGUUGUUGUUGUUUAUUUUGUCCUGAUUUGUUUGGAGAAUUGACUGACGAUUCGAUUGCGUUUGUUGUCGUUUGACUGGCUUGGCUUGUUUGGUUUCCAUGGCGCCGGCGAUGAAGAUCGUCUUCGGACUUCUCACAUUCGUCACCGUCGGAAUGAUUAUUGGUGCUCUCUCUCAAUUGGCAUUCAUACGAAAAUUGGAACAAGACUCAUAUGGCACCGAGUCUCUGCCGUAUAGAAGCUUGCGUGGCCUUGAGAGUAAUGCUCAUCUUCAGCUGCCCAGAGGUAUUCCUUAUUGGAAUAAUGACAAGGAAGCACAAAUUUUACGCCUUGGAUAUGUCAAACCUCAAGUGCUUAGCUGGUCUCCGCGAAUUAUUUUACUGCAUAACUUCCUCAGCCCAGAGGAAUGUGAUUAUCUAAGGGCUAUAGCCCUCCCUCGCCUGCAAAUUUCAACAGUAGUGGAUACUAAGACUGGAAAGGGAAUCAAGAGUGAUGUCAGGACAAGCUCUGGUAUGUUUUUGACUCCUGAAGAAAGAAAAUACCCUAUGGUACAUGCCAUUGAAAAAAGAAUUUCUGUCUAUUCACAAGUACCAAUUGAAAAUGGAGAGCUUAUGCAAGUCCUUAGGUAUGAGAAGAAUCAGUACUACAAACCUCAUCAUGACUAUUUUGCUGAUACUUUCAACUUGAAGCGUGGUGGGCAGCGAAUAGCUACAAUGCUUAUGUAUUUAAGUGACAAUGUUGAGGGAGGAGAAACAUAUUUCCCAAAUAUUGGUUCAGGUCAAUGUAGCUGUGGUGGGAAAACUGUCGAAGGGCUAUCUGUGAAACCAACUAAAGGAAAUGCAGUGCUUUUCUGGAGUAUGGGGCUGGAUGGACAGUCAGAUCCCCUUAGUGUGCAUGGAGGAUGUGAGGUACUUGCUGGGGAGAAGUGGUCAGCUACAAAGUGGAUGAGGCAGAAAGCUCACCAAUGAUUUUGGUGCAACUCCAGAAAAGUGCUCGUAGAUAGAUCAUGAGUUAAUUUACAUAAAUUAGACUGAACCUAUACUAAUUGAAUAUUAUAAAAUAAGUCCAAAUAAAAUUUUCCAAAUGUGCUCGUUCA